AUGUCCGCAGUCAUAUUAAACUGGCGUCAGUACCAGUAUAUGUUUUCUGCUGACAUACAGCGAAUGUAUCGCUGCAUCGAUGUACAUCCCGACGACUCACAGUAUCAGCGUAUUUUAUGGCGGGCGGCGGAUGGAAACAUCAAUGAAUACUGUCUCACCACAGUAACGUUUGGCACAGCUCCAUACACCGCUAUCAGAGUUAUGCAUAAAAUUGCGGAAGAUGAAAACCAAACGUACCCGGAAGCUGUAGACGUAUUAAAACACGAAAUGUACGUUGAUGACAUACUCUCAGGUGCCUACUCAAUUAGAUCUGCUGAAGAGAAACGAUUACAAGUCACAGGAGCUAUAAAAUCUGCUUAUAUGGAACUCCGAAAAUGGUCAUGUAACCACGCAUCUUUGUUAUCAGCAGUCCCUGCAGAACAUCAACGCAGCCAAACGCUGUUAAAUUGGGAUAACGACGACAUCAUAAAAACUUUGGGAUUGUAUUGGUUGCCAAACCAGGACGCAUUCAAGUACAAGAUUCACGCCGAAGUUUCACUAGGAUCGACCAAACGAAUCAUCUUGUCUAACAUCGCGAGAUUGUUCGACCCCUUAGGACUUAUCGCACCGGUUAUUGUCUCGGCAAAGCUCAUCAUAAAGGACGUGACAAUGGCCAAACAAACCCAGAAAGAUGGCUUCCAGGUCUUCCUAGGUUGGGACGGUCCAGUUCCCGAAGAAUUAGCUCUACGUUGGAAAGCUUUUCGUACGUCCAUGCAACACAUCGAUUGCAUCACCAUACCUCGUUGGCUACGAUUUACGACAACAAAUAUAUCGUAA